UUUUGUUCGUCUAGUCCGAUUUGUGUUCGAAAUUGAAGACAGAAGUUUUGAUAAAGCAUAAAUUUUGAAUUUCAGUUAUAGAUUAAUACAAGGCUUUUAGAUACUGUAAGAAUGGAACUCAGUAUUAUUCAAAAACCGGAUCUGGUUGUUGCCAUAGAUUUUGGCAGUACAUAUAGCGGAUAUGCUUGGCAAUGGAGGACAGAUUUUCUAAGGAAUAAAGGAAACAUCGAGUUCAAUACUAACUGGGGAAGCGGGGCAUUACAGCUUCAUAAAACUACAACCUGUUUACUUCUUAAAGCAAAUGGAGAUGAUGAAAGUGAAUACGAAAUUGAUUCUUUUGGAUAUAAGGCUGAAAGAAUAUAUAUAAACAUGUCCAAAGAGCACGAAAAAGAGAAAAAGAAAAACUUAGACAGAGGCGAUGAAGACAAUUCACUUGAAAAUUUUUAUCUGUUUAAAAGAUUCAAACAUCUUUUGUAUACAAAGGAAAUUGAUGACAAAAUGAAAGUAGAGGAUCAACUUGAUAGACAUUUCCCACUAUUUCACGUUUUGUCAAAAUUCCUUAAAGCGUUGAAGGACCACUUCAUAAACAAUCUAAAAGAAAAAGGACAAAGAGUCAACUUAGACAAAACACUUUGGGUAGUUACUGUUCCCGCGAUUUGGUCAGAGAAGGCAAAGGCGUUUAUGAGAAAAGCGAUGGAAAAGGCAUUAAUGGAAGAAACAGAGGGAAUAGAAAAGAGCUUAACUAAAAAGAAGAGGAAAAAUUUACUUCUUGCUCUUGAGCCAGAAGCAGCAGCUAUAUAUUGCAUCCACCUUCCCUGUGAGCAAAGAGCCAAUAUGAAUGACUUUGGAGCACCGGGACAAGUCUUCCUUACAGCAGAUCUUGGAGGACUGACUGCUGACCUUUCCGCAGUGAAAGUAUUAGACGAAGGUUUGCUUGAGGAGGUUUGUUUAUCUACAGGACAGCUGACUGGUGGUCAAAAUGUGAAUGACGCAUUCUUUCAAGCUUGCCAUAACAAUUUCGAUGGGGAUUCGUGGAACAAAACAUUUGGUAAAUCGACGCCAACAGAGUGUUUAGAAAUGGAAGAUGACUUUGAACAAAAGAAGGUUACAAUAGGGAAAGAGGACCAAAGGCUUGAAAAAAUCGUUCUUAAAGUUCCUUACACGAUCAUGAAAGAAAUAGACAAGAACAAUAUAACAUUAAAGGAGACAAACGAUUUUUACCUAGAGGAAAACGAAAUGAAGUUCACGUCAGAACUUGUCCGAAACAAACUUUUCAAAGAAACUUGCGCCAAAAUGUACGAUGUAAUGAAAGAGGACUUGGAAUCGAAAAAAUUAAAAGAUUGCAGAACAGUUGUACUUGUUGGUGGAUUUGCUGAAUCACCAAUUGUAGUACAACAUAUACGCGAAGCGAUUAAGAAAAACUUUCCAAAUAUGAAAGUUGUUGUGCCAACCUCCCCUUUCCAAGCUGUUCUAAAAGGGGCCGUUCUAUAUGGUCAUGAUCCGAUGAUAUUUAGAAGCCGAAUUGCAAGGUAUACUUACGGUGUUGGGAUAAACCAUGUCUUCGACGAGAAAAGGCACGAUAAAGAGAAAAAGUGGCUUAACACUGAAGAUAAUAAAUAUUAUUGCAAGGAUGUGCUAGCUGUUCAUGUGGCAAAAGGUCAGUCUGUGAUACUAAAAGAGCAGCUUGAGGAACAUAGAUACCGUCCAACGUAUAAGAAUCAGAAAAGUGUGAAUAUUUCCAUUUAUGCUUCAGAUAGAGCCCCAAUGAAUAGUACAGUGGAUGGUGAACCUAAAGAUGUCAUUUAUAUUACAGAUGAAGGAUGUGAGAAAAUCGGUGAAAUAGAUGUUGAGAUACCCGAUACUUUACUUGGAACGGAAAGAAAUCUUCUUGUCAGAAUGGUGUAUGGUGGGACAGAAUUAUCGGUUAUCGUGAUAGAUGAAACAAGCGGCAAAGAUUUCCCAUUGAGCAUAAAACUGAUCUAAACAGAUGCAAACACAUGAUUUGUGAAAGAGUAAAGUUUGAUUGAAUAUCAAAGCAAAUGUUUAAUUCUUGUAAAAAAAGAAAUUGACAGCAAAUAUUGUUUUCAAUUGUUGUAAUCGAUUCCCGAAAGGGUUGUAAUAUGUCUCAGCUAUUUUAAACAUUUGAAUAUGGUACAUAAAUAGAAUAAAAUGAUACUGAACAAAAUAUCAUGCUGCUAUUUAAGAGGGGUUUUAUCCCUCCAGCAAUGAAUUUGUGUAUGCACUUUCUGUUCUUAAGGAAAAACACUAACAUAUUUCAUUUUAUACAGACACUCAGAAGUAUUUUUUAUAAAAAUUCAAUCAAUUAUUGUUUAACCAGAUACAAAGUUUUUUACUCUUAAAAACAAAAUAAGUUUGGAAGGUAAGCCUCCUAACAAAAUAGUGAAAAAAAGAAUCCCUAAAGAAAGCCCAAGACGGCAAAAUUGUAAAAUGUUGCAGGCUCGGUUUGAUUGAGCCUGUUCAUGGACGGUACUGGAAAGUGCAAGUUACCGUCCACGACCCCUAGCACCGGCUUAAACAGAAUUCAACAUGCUGGGACUUUAAAAACUUCAUUUUAACGUGAUUUGAGUAAGUUUGAUAAAUUUGAUAUUUUGUCAAUCAUAUGGCUUAGUAUUCGUACACUAUAUUUGUGAAAAGAGAAUACAUGUAUUAUUUUGUUCAUAUAUGAAAUUAUUCAUUGAUUGAAAUUAUUGAUAUUUUUGCCUCUUUUAAAAUGAAUUUAUACAUCAAUGAGAUAUAUUUAUAACAUUAUUACCCAACAAAUUUGCAAUAUUUUGUUUAUGUAUUUUUUAUCUAACUUUACUCGGCACUUUUGUUCUGCAAAUCGACUUUGGUAUUAUCAACAACACGUACGGGUAUGUUAUGAAUAAGCAAAAUUAUCAACGUCUGAAUCCCAGGCCAUGUACUCUAGUGUUGACAAUUAUUUAUUAAUGUUGGUAUGUGAAUAUUACAAAAAGCGAAUUAUUAUCAAAGUGCCGAGAAUCUUGAUGAAAUUUUCAAUAAAUAUGACAAUAUCAAAUCAAGUAUCGUAUUCAUUAAACAUUAACUCAUGGAAGAACCGAUUGCUGAUGAAAGAACUAUUGGUUCAACCCUUGUGCUACUUUUGUGUAAAUAUUAUGAUAAUACAGUAAGAACUCUGAAAACCGGACCCUAUCCAUACUUUACAAAAAGUCCUGUUUUCAGAGGAUUCCGGUUUUCAGAGGUUUUAUACAUUUAUUGAUAAUUAUGAUGUAUUUGAACAAUGACUUUGUUAAAUCAUUUUGUAUUUACUUUUCAAAGCUUUUUAUUUCUUUUUGCAAUAAAAAAGUAUUUUUAUUAUGCAAAUCCAUGAAUAUAAUUCAGAAAAUCAGUUAUUUUAAACAAAACAUUGUCUGAAAUAUAUCCUAAUAUGGCUUUGAAAUAUGUAAUUUUUAUGGAAUUUAGUAUUACAGUACUAUUUUUGCAUUAAAUAAAUGUCCAAGCAAAGAUAACUUCAAGAUCAAAAUUUUAAGCAAAACAGGAAUCAUUUAACAAUAGUCUCAUAAUUCUUUAAGCCAUUUUAUAUAAAAAACAACAAAAAAACAACAAAUUAUAAACAUUUUGCAAAAUCCUACCUAUACAGGGAAAGACAGUUAUGAUGAAAUAGCUUUAAUCUAAUUGCCAAUAUAGAAAAUAAACACAUACUGAGAAUUGUUUUAACACCUGCAUACAAAAUCAAAGGGCUGCAAGCUCUGUGGUAUUUUCUGAUCCCUGGAAUCUAAAUCGUACUGUAUAUCUGUAUGUGUUUUCCUGUAUAAGUUUAUUUUUAUGUACUAUAAGUCAUCUUGCAGGGCACCAGAGUUUGAUACAUACGGAAUUUUGCAUAACUAGAGUUGCAUCAAAAAAUAAUUUAUGUUCAUUU